UUAUGCGGCUAACUAAGUUGUCACUAUAUACCACUCACCUAGUUUCAUGUGAUUCUUCUUAUUUUUCUUGCAAUAUUCUUGCAAAUGAAGUGGAAAAAGAUAUUGGAUCUCCUAAAGACUUAGAACUUUUCAACUCUGGUAAUUUAUUGAUGUUACCUCAAAGUUUUGGGAAUAUAUAUUUAGGUGAAACAUUUUCCUGUUACAUGAGUGUACAUAAUGAUAGUCAACAGAAAGUCACUGCUGUUCAUGUACAGGCUGACCUUCAAAUUGGAAUGCAAAAGAUUGUUUUAGCUGGCCAACGAGGAAAUUACAGUACUUUCACUGAAUUAAAUCCUGAUCAUAGCGUUGAUGAUGUAAUUCACCAUGAGGUCAAAGAAAUAGGUACUCAUAUUUUAGCUUGUACUGUGAGCUACACUACUGUAAAUGGUGAAAAAAUGCAUUUUAGGAAAUUCUUUAAAUUUCAGGUAUCAAAACCAUUAGAUGUCAAGACUAAAUUUUACAAUGCUGAGGAUUACUGUUCUGAUGAAGUGUACCUUGAAGCUCCGAUUCAAAAUAUUACCUAUGCCCCUAUGUGCUUGGAGCGAGUUACUUUAGAACCAUCUAACAACUUUGUGUCACAUCAAUUAAAUACAAUUGAAAGUAUCAAUGGAGUGUAUCAAGUGUUUGGAGAAACAAAUUGCAUUAAUCCAUUAGAUAGCAGACAAUAUUUAUUUUGCCUCACUCCAAAGCCUGGUACUGUAACAUAUUCUAAGUUAUCAAAAAAUGUAACUAGUAUUGGGAAGUUGGAUAUUGUCUGGCGUACAAGUAUGGGGGAAAAAGGUCGCCUACAAACAUCCCAGCUGGAACGAAUGGUACCAGGAUAUGGUGAAAUUAGAUUAGCAGUUGUUGAAAUUCCUGGCAUAGUAAAGUUAGAGAAGUUGUUUCCUGUUACAGUAAGAAUCACAAAUGCCUGUGAUAGAGCUUUAGAUUUACUUUUGACACUAAACAACUCCUUCACCAAUGGUAUUCUAUGGCAUGGAAUUUCAGGUCAAAAAAUUACAAAUUUAGAAAAAGGAUCAUGUGUGUAUGUCUCACUUGAAGCUAUUGCAGUGCGACCAGGAUUGCAGGGUCUUUCUGGACUCACUAUAAAAGAAUUGUUCUUAAACAGAAUUGAAGAUUUUGCGGACUUUGCUCAUGUAUUUGCUACGUUAGAUGAUGAAUGCAAACUACCGGAAUUAACUCUUCCUGCAUCUUUUCAAUCCUUAUCUAUAAAAUAAAACUACCUGUACAUUUAAUAUUAUCUAAGAAGAUAUUUUAAUUCAAUAUAUUGAAAAUAUUUAUAAUUGCAUAGAUACUUUAGUAAGUUACUCAUUUGUAUAAUUUAAAUAAAAUCAGUAUUUUUA